AUGACUGAGAUCCACUCAUCGAAAAAUAGUCAUGAGAUCUACUGGUGGGAUUUAGACAAAGAAAAAUUUCUCAGUCUCUUAUUUGCAAGUUCUUUUGUAUCACGAACAUGUUUUCAUCCACUUGGACUCAUAAAAGUUCGCUUACAAGCGAGAAAGACUGGUGAUAUUUCUACGCUAGGUAUCAUCAAAGAAGUUUGGCGCAACGAAAGAUUUCCACAAGGUUUCUAUCGAGGUUUUCCUAUUAGUCUUGGCAGCCUUUUCUUUGAACCAAUUUUUACAACAACACUUGAACAAACGAGAGCAAUUCUGAAAAUGACUCAGCCUAAAUCUAUAUCUCAUUCUCAAUGGAAUAUUCUUACUAGUUUAAUAUCAAGUGGUGUUGCUACUUUGAUUUAUCAAACUUUUACAACACCAAUUGAUGUUAUAACACAACGAAUCAUAAUAACACGUGCACGAGAUAGCAUUCAUGUAAAAGAUAUUAUUUCUGAUAUAUAUGGGAAAUCUGGUGAUGGUUUUCGCGGUUUUUAUAAAGGCUAUCUCGUAUCUCUUACAAUGUCUGUUCCAUUUAAUUCAAUCCUUUGGACUUUUUAUUGGAGAAUUCAAUCCAAAUUCGAAGAAAUUAUUCCAUUAAAGUAUAAUUCAUUUAUUUCUCCUCUUUCUGCAACAUUAGCGUCACUUUUAACAUCACUUUUAACUCAACCGAUCGAUGUUAUUAAAACACGUCUUCAGGUAUCACAAAAACGACAAUCAGUUUCAAAAAUAUCACUUCUUUUAUUUCAACAACGUGGUUUCAAAGGAUUUUUCUCAGGAAUUUUACCUCGAACUUGUACAAUUGCUCCAUAUACUGUUAUUAUGAUGUCAGUCUAUGAAAUUAUAAAACGUACAUCUGUACGUGAAGAUUCAUAA